CAGCUUGUCGUAGUAUGGUCUAGAUCACAAAUUUUUAUGUUAAAAUAAUAUUAAGAUUUAAAUUAAUCUAAAAAAAACGUAUUUUAAGUGUUAUCUUAUGAUCUAAGAAAAUGUGGUGGAUCUUUUUACUAAAUUAUGUUACCAUUGGCUUGUCACUGCGUCUUGCCGCAUAUAUUUCUUCUGGCGGUCUUCACGGAGAAAUUCGAUUCGAAAAAGUCACAGAAACAUCCGUAAGAAUUCGAUUUUCACUUCAAACUACUCUUCAGUAUCCAGACCAACAAUGGCUUUGGUCAGUUACUCAGUUUCCUGUUGAUUACACACGUAUAAGCGAUAGAUGCAGUAGACAACAUAUUGGAGAGAGCAUUAUCGACUUAACGGAACUUGUUGGACCGCUCGAUAUGCCUGGAAAUGAAACAGGAUCAGUGGAAAUUUCGGACAUAAGUUUAACCGGAGAAAUGGGUUUAUGGGGCAAAGGUCUAAUAUUCCAAGACACAUAUUCAUCCAGAACCAUUUGUGCUUCGAUAACGGUACUAGAAAAGAAUGUAGAGAAAUUUGCGGAAGCACGUUUUCUCGAAACUAUAGCGGGAAGCGUAUGGUUUCGAUGGCUGGGUGGUCACGGUGGUGAUAAUAUUAGCGAUACAAUAAUUUAUGUAAAUUUGUAUCACGUUAAUAACAAAAAAUUGCAAGGUACAAAAUACACAGAACAUUAUUGGAAAAUUUAUGUGACAGACAUUUUUGACAUCAGUAAAGACAAAUCAAGUUGCAACAUUUUACAAACUGUCUUUGAUCCUGAUAACGCGGGCAAUGGCAAAGCGAUUGGUGAUAUCGAUGCACGUUUAGGCAAGAUAAAAGUAGCUGUAGAUCAUCGUAACGAAUAUAAAACCGUAUACAAAGAUUCAAAGUUGUCUCUACUACCGUCUACUGAUUUACUCGGACCACAUCGUCAAUUAUAUUUAGUCAUAUUUCAUCCGAAACAUGAUGAUUCCAUUUUACAUUGCAGUAAGAUUAAUCAUAGAAAACCUAUCCUUGCCAAAACUUUAAUUAAUUCUCAUGGUAUCAAAGGAGAUGUAUCCCUAUCUCAAGUGACUCCAUUCGAUCCAACAUGGGUUAACGUAUCAUUGACACCAAUCAAUGAUUUAGGAACGAGAUUACGCUAUGCUACUAAGAUAAAGUCAUACAAUAUUCAUGAACUACCUCCAGAUCCAAUAAAAGCUUCGAAUAACUUUGCCAAAGUAUGCGAAACAACUAAGAAAAUGUAUAAUCCAAGUAAUAUCAAUAUAAAGGAUGUACCACCAGCAGGGCUUGGAACUCAAGAUCAGUAUGCUAUUGGUGAUCUUUCUGGGAAACUUCAAGGUCGUAAAGAAGGAUCGUAUCAUUAUGAUAUCUUGCCAGGGAGUGCCAAACUUAAUGGAAUUUAUUGGGAUACAUACCUUCCACUCUCAGGAACACAUAGUGUAAUUCACAGAAGCCUUGUUCUUCACAAAUAUAAUGAAACUGAUAAUAAGAGCAUCGUACCAUGGAUCUGCGGUACCUUGAAUCUUUAUUUACCAGAUAAUAUUGGACAAAUACCAAUGGUAACUGCACAAGUAAUAUACAGAUAUCCCAUUGUUGGGAAAAUAAUUUUCCGUCAACCUAAAAAUGACCCUCAAAUGGAUACUACCAUUAUAAUAGAAAAUUUAGUUCAUGCAGAUGGUAAUGCUUUAAAUAAUUCAGAAUUACACAGAUGGAUGGUUCAUGAUAAUCCACCAGGCAAAGAUUAUUAUAACUGGACAGGCAGAUGUUUAAGCGCUGGUGAACCUUAUAAUCCUUACAAGGUAGAAUGGAAUUCAAAUCCUAGUGAAUAUUGUUCAAUGUCAGAAGCAUCAUUAUGUCGUGUGGGUGACCUAACAAGACAUAGUACAGUCGAUAUUGCUGGCAAAAAGCUUUAUGGGACCCUAUUAACACGAAGACUCUUCACGGAUACAAUGUUACCUUUGUCAGGUCCCCAUAGUAUAUUAGGUAAAAGUUUAGUGAUAUAUGAUGACCAUGGACCUCGUGCAAGAGGAGAAAGACUAGCAUGUUCAAUAAUUAGUGAAACAUACCAUCGCAAAGCAGUAGCAAGAGACUGGUUUGGAAAUGGAGAAAUAAUUUCGCUAAGAGGAAAAUUAGAAUUCUUACAACAAAAUGAAUAUGAUAUCACAAAUAUAGAACUAAAUCUUGAUGGUCUAGAUGGGAAAAUGAGUGGAUAUCACAUACAUAUGACUCCAAUUGAGCAAGAUUUAGAAUUUCCAUGUGAAAGUACAUCCCUGUAUGGACAUUGGAAUCCAUUUGGUAUCAAUGUAAGUAACACGCUAUCUGCAGGAGAAGGAACAACUGAUCAGUAUGAAAUGGGUGAUCUCAGUGGAAAGUUUGGCACUUUAGAAAAUAGAAAAAGAUAUAUGAAAACUUUCAAUGAUACAAUACUUCCUUUAUUUGGACUAAACAGUAUACUAGGUCGAAGUAUAGUGAUUCACAAAAAACAAAAGAAUUUAAGAUGGGCUUGUUCAACUAUAGAAAGGGGAUAUUCGCCAUCUGAGGCUAUAGAAUUAAGAGCAAUUGCAUCUUUUCAUCAUCCACAAGGUUUUGCAUAUGGCUAUAUAAGAAUGACACAACUUAUUCACCAUGAUGGUAGUCAAAGCGAAACGGUAAUUGAAAUAAAAUUACGACAUCCUGGAAAACACGAUCGUAAUAUUACAAGAAACCACAAUUGGGCGAUAUAUGUAAAUCCUGUUGGAGUAGAUGCAGCUGUUCAAGUAAAGGAUACUAGAUGUGUAGCUGGUGGAUAUAUAUGGAAUCCUUACUUUACACAGCUAGCAGAUCCUUUAAAUGAUGAUCUGUACAGACAAGAAUGUGGUCCUGAUUUACCACUUAGAUGUUAUGUAGGAGAUAUAUCAGGUCGAUUGGGUCCUAUCGAUAUAGGACUUCAAAGACAAGUUUUUACAGACUCAAAUUUCCCAUUAGCAGGAACAGUAUCUGCAAUGGGAAGAUCUAUCGUUAUUUUCGACAAAAAUUUUGGGACUGACAGAUUUGCAUGUGCUAAUAUUGAACCUGAUAACGACAUUGUGAAGUAUACAAAUAUAAGAAAACCACCUCGCUUUGUAGUGGCACAAUUUCUAGAAGAUGUAAGAAAAAUUAUGGGUGUUCCAGAUUGGAUGUUAUCCAUAGAUACUAGAAAAACGAAGAUUUUACAUAGUGGUGCAUGCAUUCAGUUUUUAAUGCAUUUUAUGGGUCCAAUUGCUAGCACCUUAGAACAAGACUUUAAUAGACUUAUAUCAACUGGACGAUUAGACGCACCUAGUUUGUAUAUUCCAGGAUAUGUUCCAACAAAACGAAAAGCAACAUUAGGUUAUCGCCAAUGUGGAAAUCAAGAUCCAAAUGAUAAAAGUAAUAACUCAUAUUCUAUACAAAAUAAGCAUACAAGUUUAUUUUUUAAAAUGACAAAUUUUACACUGUUUUUAGGAUCCAAAUUUUCCCUACCAAAUAUAUCUUCAUCACAGUAUUCAAAACUUAUUUUAAUUGUUGCUGUGUGUAUUAUUACUAAAUUAUUAUGAUAUUAAAUUAAUAAAUUACUAUAGUAUUAAAUUGAGUCUUAUAAAUUUAAACACCGAAAAGAUUGUAUAUAUAUAAUAAAUAUUUUAUAAAAUGAAUAAUUUAUUUACACGAUAUGCUAACUUUAUGAGGAAAUACGUAAACUUGAGUCUGCGAUGGAUAUAGAGCACGUCAUAGUCAUGUCUUAUUGGUAGCUUUACAUGUAGCGAUCGCUGGAAACUGUCUGUCCAACGUAUGGUCGUACAUGUAACCGCGGUUCAACGAGACGAGGCAGUAGAUACUCGACUAGUGACACUCGAUUAUCACUAGUCCGCAGCCAAUAGUUGCAAACGCAGCAAUCAAAUUUCGCUUACAUUUACUGCCUCGUCUCUCGUUUUAUUGGAUCAUGGACAUAGGAAUAUAGGGACGACGGACAAAAGGGAAAUUUCCUCCCUGCUACGGACCGUGACGCCAGCGAACAAUAACUGGCGCGAGGGACGCGGAUGGAACCAUUUCCGGG